GGACCUCGCUGGGCAGGGAAAGCAGACCUGGAGACGCGGCAGCCCUUCCGCACCGCCGGGAGGAAAGGUGGCACUCGCCUUCAGUCUUUCCCGGUGGGGAGACUCCCGUGGCGCUGCCUCUCGGCGGUCCGCCCCCACCUCCUCCCGGCUUCUGAUAGGCUGUUCCAGCUGUCCGUUUCGGAAAAAUAAAAAAAGCCUGCGCAGGCUCAGAAAGGCGGAGAACGCAGCUGAGUGUUGGCUACUCGGAGCUGCGGAAUCGGUCUGAGAUGGCAGAAGUGGAGGAAACACUCAAGAGACUUCAGAGCCAGAAAGGAGUGCAAGGAAUCAUUGUGGUGAACACAGAAGGCAUUCCCAUCAAGAGCACCAUGGACAAUCCCACUACUACACAAUAUGCCAACCUCAUGCACAACUUCAUCUUGAAGGCCCGGAGCACUGUGCGUGAAAUUGACCCCCAGAAUGACCUGACCUUCCUUCGAAUUCGCUCCAAGAAAAACGAAAUUAUGGUGGCACCGGAUAAAGACUAUUUCCUGAUUGUGAUUCAGAAUCCAACUGAAUAAGGCACUGUUUUGGCUUCUUGUGUCAUUCCUUAAUUUAAUGCCCCCCCAAGAAUAAGUGUUAAUCAUGUCAGUGGGCACAUGCUGGUUGCCUAAGAGCCCAUGUAGGCCAUGCCAUUGAUGAAGGGUAACUCUGCCCACCCCACCAAGGAGUGCCUCUGAUGAUCCAGUCAGUUCCCAGGGAAGCCCAGUUCUCAUUUCCAGGCUUUGGAAUAAGAGCUUAUAAUAAGCCCACACCCAGCUUCCUUCUGACCUUCAGUUCACUUUGUCACCCUUGGAAAGCCUGUGUUUUUCUUUGACUAAAAAUAACUUCAAACCCCA